AUGAGCAACACCCUGGCGCCGCCCAUGUUUGAGAGGCGGAUAAACUGUCAUUUCAGAGGUGUGACGUGGUCGAACGUGCUGUUCGCUCAGAAAAAUGGGAACAUAACUCUGAGGACGAGCAUCACACAAGGGAUUCAGGAAAUCCUAUGGAAGUUUCAGGGUAACAAAGUAGCCGACUGGGAUGAACUUUCAGGUGUCACUGACUACUUGCAAUUCAAAAGAAGAACAUAUCUUGUUAGAGAAACAGGCGAUCUUACCAUCUUCAGCCUGAAAUCAGAAGACAGUGGGUUGUAUGAAGGAGAACUUAUUAUAAAUGGAAAUAUACACACUGUCAAACACGACUUAAGUAUAAUAGAUCCUGGGUCGAAAUCCAACAUCAUCUGCAAGACAAUUGAUGAUGACAACGCAAUUUUACUAUGUCAGGCUGAAGGUCCUCAUCUUAGUUACAGUUGGUCUGGUCCUGGCCUGAACACAGGUUUUAAUGGCCAGAUUGGACCAAAUGUCUCCAGGGUGGAGAACGCAAACUCAGAUUACUCCUGUGUGGUAAAGAACCCAGUCAGUGAGAUGACUGUGUAUUUCAAAGCUGCUGACUGUUUCACAAGUAAGGAAGAAAAGGAAAACAAAUCUGGGAAAACAUUGGUCAUCAUUCUUCUUACCACUACCAUACUUGCCCUCAUCGUCCUUGGUCUUGCUAUUGCGGUUUUCAUUUAUAUGAAGAAAAGAUCCUCAGAAGGGAAUGAACAUGUUGCACAUAUGCAGGGAAAAGAUGAUCGAGAGGAGAAUCCCGAAGGGGGUCUCAUGGUAACAACCCUCAGUCUAAACAGCUUGGAAAAUAUAGCGCCUACAAACAACGGGAGAGCUGGCGUCCUGACGUCUACAUGGAGGCCUUACGGGCCACUGGAUUCUCUGAUGUCAGAAUGGAAAACAGAACAGACAAGUUCUUCACCUUUCAAGUUGUGCUUGCCACUGCUUUGAAAUAAAAAUGGAAAUAUGGAAAAAUGGAAAUAUUGAAAUUGUAUUUGCAUUUUCAUGCCUGC